AUGCAGAUCAAAGUCAAAACGUUGACAGGAAAGGAGAUUGAAUUUGACAUCGAGCCAACCGAUACGGUCAAGCGAAUCAAGGAAAGAGUAGAGGAGAAGGAGGGAAUCCCCCCCCCACAGCAGCGUCUUAUUUUUGGAGGAAAGCAAAUGCAUGAUGAUAAAACAGCUUCUGAUUACAACUUAGAAGGAGGAUCAACUCUUCACUUGGUGCUUGCACUACGCGGAGGGAUGUGA